AUGGGGCCAUUGAAUGGGAAGAAUUAUCAAGAAGCUCAGAUGAAUUUGAUUCAGGUGGAUCAAGCACUUGGUUGUAAAGAAGAUGUACAAGGUAUAAGAUCCAUAAACGAACAGUUGCAAAGACUGUACAACACUGAGUUUAAUGAGUCGACAGCUGAUCCUAUGGAAUGUCUCUCCAUCGAGGACCGCCGGGCAAAGGCGAUAAUGGACAGUUCCGUUAAACUAGUAGAUGGGCAUUACGAGAUUGGCAUUCCGUGGAAGUAUGACGAACCAUCCUUACCAAAUAACAAACCCAUGGCUGAAAAGAGGUUGGAGUAUUUGAAGAAAAGGCUGGAGAGAGAUCCCGACCUCCGAUCAAAGUAUAAAGCAACAAUGGAAGAAUACAUUUUAAAGGGACAUGCUAAGAGAGUUCAGCCUAACCCAGUCGAGGAACCGAAAGACGCGCCGCCGAUGAAACCAACCUGGUACUUGCCACACCACCCCGUAACUCACCCGCAGAAGCCAGAGAAAGUUAGAAUCGUCUUUGAUUGUGCCGCUAAGUUUCACAACGUGUCCCUCAAUGACCAAUUGCUGCAAGGACCCGACUUUACGAACUCGUUGGUAGGCGUUUUGAUGAGAUUCCGACAAGAGAGAGUAGCGGUCACAGCUGAUGUAGAAAAGAUGUUUCACCAAGUUAAAGUAAAACCGGAAGAUUGUAAUGCGCUGAGGUUCUUGUGGUGGCCAGAAGGCGAUUUCUCUAAACAACCAGUUGAAUAUCAAAUGACAGUCCACCUAUUUGGCGCGACGUCUUCACCCAGUUGUUGUUCCUAUGCACUAAAGAAAACUGCGGAGGACAAUGCGUUAGAAUUUAGCCAAGAAACCGUCGAUACGAUAAACCGAAACUUCUAUGUGGACGAUUGCUUAAAAUCGUUGCCAACGAAACAUGAAGCCAUCGGGUUGACGAAAGAACUCCCGGUAUUACUCUCGCGAGGCGGUUUCAGACUGACGAAGUGGUUGUCGAAUGAAAGAGAGGUUUUAUCCCACGUACCAGACAACGAAAGAGCACCGUGCGUGAGUCUUAACUUGGAGAAGUUACCAAAGGAUAAAGCCUUAGGGACGUUGUGGAAUACGGAGACGGACAGUCUAGGAUUCCGAAACGGAAAUUUAAAGGCAAAUACGAGGAGAGGGAUUUUGUCCUUUGUCGCUUCAAUGUACGAUCCACUCGGUUUGGUCGCUCCUGUGGUAUUGCCAGCAAAGCACGUGCUGCAGGAACUUUGUCGCAAGAAUUGCGGAUGGGAUGAAGAGAUUCCUAAAGAGAUUGCCACGAAAUGGGAGGUCUGGCAGGACGAAUUCCAAUCACUCGCUGCAAUAGAGAUUCCGAGAUGUUACAAACCGCUAGAGUUCAAGGAGAUCAACAGUAUAGAGCUCCAUCAUUUUGCCGACGCUUCAUCCGAAGGAUACGGCACGGCGUCAUAUCUUCGCUAUCAAGACAUCGAUCGAAGAACCCACUGCAGUCUAGUUAUGAGGAAAUCACGAGUAGCGCCUCUGAAAACAGUCACAAUACCAAGACUGGAGUUGACAGCUGCAACUUUAGCCGUGAAGGUAGACAAGCAAAUUCGCGAGGAACUAGAUCUUCAAAUUUAA